UCCCGGGCUUCAUACAAUGAUUCUUUUUUUUUGAUGGCCGUGCAAUUCCAAAUGUGCACAAAUCAUCACCCUGAGUGUACAUGUGUAUUUUCAAAUAAUCUAGAUACAUGUGCAUGCCUAAGUUGAUUUUUUUUUUUAAUUUUUAAUUUUAUUUUCAAUUUUUUAUACAUGUACCGCUUGUAUUUUUAAACAGUUCAUUAGGGCAAAACAAAUAAUAGUUCUGCUUCCAGUUACCCUGCUGACCCUAACUUUAUGAUGCGAUCUUCAAAGUUUUUAUUGACAAGUUAUAACAAAAUUUAAAAAAUAAAGCAUAUGUGAAAAAAACAUUCAAAUUGUCAAUUCAUUCUUACACAAAAUUCUUACCACUGUCUGUAUUUCUAUGUCGUCGACGAAGAAUGACAGGGCCUAAAAUACUAACAGGAUAAGCAAGUUUUUCUUCGCAUUGCCUUCUGAGGCUGGCAAAAGAACAUGCGGCAUGCAUGCAAUACUGGUACACUGGUUCCCAUUACUAGAUUACAGCAACAAGAUAAUGAAAGGGGAGGGAGCCAGCAUAGUACAUGCUCAAAUUUUGUGAAUGUAAAAGAUUUCACGCAAAACACGUUGGAAAUGAUCGAAUCUAUCAACAUGGUAGUAUUAUCGCACAAACCUUUAUGGACAAUCUGAACGGCAACUUCCGAAAUUUGGAUUUUGGGGUUGGGUUUCUUUACUUGGUACUCGGGUACCGGUGUUUUUGUUUCAAUCUGUUACCCGGUCCUCGUACUACACCUGCAAAUACACACCCAUAAUUUAAUUGGGGUCAUCCCUUACAAACAUUGAGGCCUAUUUUUUUUGGCAACGUUUCUGGAAACACAACUUUUUAUUGGACAUGCCCACUCACUGACACUCUUACCUUGAGGAUCAUAAUGUACAAUGAAAUCUGGACAAGAUUUUUGUGUCACUUAUCGACCCUUCAGACAAAGGUCUAGCCAAACGACAGUAACUUUUAGUGAAGCUGACCCUGUACAUAAACCCUUGUUGUUACCCUGCGAAAUGCAACACGGUGCAUCAGUUGAAAAGGUCUGUGUGCGGCCUUGCUGCAUUGGUCAACACCAGCCCAUGAACGGCCAGUUCUGGGACAAUGGGAGCUUAUCCCAUUGAACAAUGCCAUUGUUGAAAUUCAUUUUGGCCUUGAGACUUUUGACCUGAUGGAUCAACCAAGUCUUGGACAACAAAAGCAAGGCUGAGUAUACAGUGUUUUUACGCCGGUGAAGGGCAAACCUCAUAGAUAAAAGCAUUAGUCCCAUUGUUGAAUUCUGCUGAACAGUUGGUAAUCACAGACUCUGAAGCAUUUUGACCUUAGAGAAUUUUGAGCUGAUGGAUCAUCCCGGUCGAGGACGAUGGGAAAAAGUUCCAUUGAAGAAUUCUACUGUUGUAUUCUGCUACAGUCGAUGACCACAGACUAGAUUCUAUUAGGACACUGGGCAGGCUAGUCACUUUGUCAAGUGUUGCAUGUUGAUGCGUAUAUAAGGAUUUCUAGCCAAAAUACCCUCGAGGAUUGGACUAUUAAAGACAGCAGUGACUAUAAAAUUAUUACACUCUUGAACGUCUGUGUACAAGACACACAGAUGGGUGGUCCUGUUAAAGUUAUCAUCUGGGCGUCGCCCCGCACAUGCUCCACAGCUCUCCUCAAGUGCUUGAGCAGUCUCCCAAAUGCCAAGAUCUUUGAUGAGUUGUACAGCAUUGCAUUUCUACUUGGGCCUGACCGACUGGAUCAGAGGCCGACCGGAGAGGAGCCUCAAGCUAGCCAGGCAGGACAGGGCAAGGGAUACGCCUUCCCGAGCUCCAUCUGUACCUACGAGUGGAUCAAGGAGACCCUCCAGCAGGAUUACCCUGGCGAACAGGUCAUCAUCUCCAAGGAGAUUGUUUACUGUCUCAACCAAAAGUAUGAUUGCCUCCCGGAGGGUUACCGCCAUGUCUUCCUGCUGCGACAUCCAAGUAAGGUCUUCCCCUCCUGGAAGAAGCUCACCUAUGAGGUUUCAAAGCAGUUCUCAACUGAGGUUCCGGAAACUCUGGAUGAGUUUAUCUUUGAUCAGCAACCCCCGCACCUGCUGCCCCCUGGGAUGUCCUUCAAGGAGGCCUACGAUCUGUACCAAUAUGUCAAGGAGAAGAAGCUGGAUGUCGAUCCAGUUAUCAUAGAUGCUGACGAUCUUGUCCAGAACCCAGCAGCCAUCGUUUCAGCGAUGUGUGCCAAGCUGGGGAUCCCAUACACUGAGUCCCUCCUGACCUGGGACAAGGGUACAGACAUCGUGGACACUUGGACUGUUGGCAUCGCGUUUAAAAAUAUCAUUCAACACUCUGAGGCCUAUAAAAACUUCCGGAACAGCACUAGCUUCCGCCGCCCAGAGUUGGAGAAACAGGCUACUGCAAGGCCUGUAGAAGCAAGAGUCACCCCAGAUAUUGAGCGCUGUGUCAGCUUCAGCAUGCCGUUCUAUCAAAAAAUGUACGAGCAACGCUUACAGGUCGACAAGAUUUAAGAUAUCAACUGGACUCCAUGUGUAAACAGUAAAUGGCACUUUGUGACCACUAGCAAGAGUUCCAGUGGGAGGGACACAUCGCAUGUGUGCACUGAUUCCUGUGCAAUCUGCACGAAGAAGGCACCACUACCUGGAUUCUGACCAUGCACAAAACCCUGUUUAAAGCUACAGUCCAUCAUUUGCAGCUAUCCAAAAAGUAACUGACAUAAUUAUUGUUAAAAAAAA